AUGAAACAUACCAAGCAUAAUAUUAUGCUAGUGCUUAUUUUUCUUCUGCUCAUUUGCAAAUUUGAGUAUUGUUACUCAAAUGAUGCUGCUAGUUGCGUUGAAGGGGAACGAAUUGCUCUUCACCAAUUCAAGGAAAGCUUAAUUGAUAUAUCAAACCGUCUCUCUUCAUGGAACGGUUUUGAUUGUUGUGAAUGGGAGGGAAUUUCUUGUAGCUCAACAACUGGCCAUGUCCUAAAGCUUGAUUUGCAUAACCCAACUCCAUAUCCUGAUGAUAUUGAAAACUAUUAUGAUAGAUUGCCAUCAAACUAUAGCAGCAACAUCUUGGGAGGUGAGAUCAAUUAUUCUCUUAUCAACUUAACACAUUUGAAUUACCUUGAUCUAAGCCUCAACAAUUUUUCUGGGAUCCGAAUUCCUGAAUUCUUUGGAUCUUUCAAAAACUUGAGGUAUCUUAACAUCUCAAGCUCUGGUUUUGUGGGAAAUAUUCCCACUCAUCUUGGAAAUCUUUCAAGCUUAGAGUAUCUCCACCUUGGAGGAGCUGUGGAUGGAGCUAUAUCUAAUGAUUUGGCUACAGAUAACUUAGACUGGUUGACUAGUCUUUCUUCCCUAAAAAGCCUUGACAUGUCUAAGAUUUUAAUUCAGCAUAGUGAAGAUUGGUUAUGCACCAUCAACAAGCUUCUGUUUUUAUCUUCUUUAAACUUGGCUAAUUGUUUCAUUAGCACGACUAGUCCUCUUUCACAUGUUAACUCCACCUCUCUCAUCUCCCUUGAUCUCAGUUUCAAUAGUUUAGAUUCUGCAUACUUUCCAUGUUUGUCGAAUCUCACAAGACUAGAGCAUUUGAAACUAAGCCACAACUCUCUUAAUUCUAGCAUGCUAGAAAUCUUUGAGCCCUUAGCCUCUCUAAAAGUCCUUGACCUUUCUGUAAAUACCUUUACAGGCACACUAGUUCCGUUGUGUAAGUUUCACAAAUUGAUUUUCAUGGAUCUUAAUUCUAACAACUUUCAAGGUUCAAUUCCCAAUUGUCUUGGAAACUUGACUUCUUUAACCUCUCUUCUCUUAAGUGAUAAUAGCUUUACAGGUUCAAUUCCAAAUACCAUUGGUAGUCUUUGUAGAUUGCAAGUGUUUGAUUUCUCCAUGAAUAAAUUGACGGACUUCAUUGCAGUUCUUUCUGAUUGUCUAUAA